GCCUACAAGCCCUUCCAGUCUGUCUACCCUCCCUUCUUGCCCUACCGCGACGCCACCUGUGGCAUCUGCACCUACAGCUUGACGGUCCUUGACUGUGUCAAGGGCAUGGAGAAGGCCAUCGAAUGCGGAUGGUUCGACUGGAAACAGUUCGACGUGGACUCCUACGAAUUCUUCGAAAAGGUUCCCAUCCUCUCCCCAGAAACGGGGUGCUCCGAGUUGCCUCAUUAUUGGGGCGGCGGGGGCCAGGUGGAGGUGCAGACAGAUCGAUGGCUAGAGAGCGAGGGAUUGAGGAGGACUGCGGCGCUGGCUCAAUUGCCGUUGCAGUACGGCAAUGGUGUCCGGGUGUCCCACAUGCAUCGUGGAAAGACCCUCGAGAUUCACGUAUAG